AUGCAAGCAUUCAAGUCUCCCGCCUUUAAGACCAUCACCGGAUCUUUCAACCGCUCCAUCCCACGCAACUUCUCUACCACCCCAAUCUCCCGCUUCGCACCUUCCUCUCUCAAAAUGGCUGUUAUCAAGAUCGCAACUCCCGAGGAGUACGCCGAGAAGGUUACCAACGCCCCCGGCCCCGUCGUCGUUGACUUCUUCGCCACCUGGUGCGGUCCCUGCAAGGCUAUCAGCCCCGCCAUCGAGAAGCUGAGCGAGUCCACCACCGCCGUCGCCUUCUACAAGGUUGACGUCGACGAGCUCUCCUCCGUCGCUGCUGACAACGGUGUCUCCGCCAUGCCCACUUUCCACUUCCGCAAGGGUGGCGAGAAGGUUGGUGAGGUCAAGGGUGCCAACCCCCCGCCAUCAACGCUGCUUUCCAGAAGCUCUUGGAAUAGAUUAUUGGUGAUUUUGGGCUUUUUGCGCUUGUUGAUACCGCUUGAUCCGUCGUGA